AUGAUGAAACCUAAGGAAAUUCAGCUUUCUGCACCCGAGGAACCUAAGCUGAUUAUUUUGCUAUGGACAUGGCCAUUUGGAAUGCAGUUCCCAUUGAAUAAAUGUCCAAAUAAUUUUGAUGCCUCUGGCUGCUUCUACACAGAUAACCGUAGUUUGUUUACUUCAGCCAAUGUUGUCAUAAUCCAUCACAGAGAUGUAUGUUCCUCCAGAAAUCUUUUGCCUCCAAUUUUAAGACCACCAGGACAGUACUGGGUAUGGUUCAACAUGGAAUCACCAACCCACAGCCCGAACUUGGAUUUCAUGGAUAAUCUUAUCAAUCUUACCAUGUCCUAUCGUUCAGAUUCAGAUAUUUUCAAUCCUUAUGGAUAUCUGGAAGAGAACAAAUCCAACAAUAAUUUUACUAUCCCAGAAAAGUCACAGCUUGUAUGCUGGGCUAUCAGUAAUUGGAACCCAGACUCUAAAAGGGUUCAGUAUUAUGAAGAACUAAAAAAAUACAUACCAAUCACUGUCUAUGGACAGCAGCAUAUUCCCAUAGAUGGAGAAAGUCUGAUUAAAACUAUCUCUAAAUAUAAGUUCUACCUGACCUUUGAGAACUCAUUGCACAAAGACUAUAUAACCGAGAAGUUGUGGCAUAAUGCCCUCACCUCUGGAACUGUACCCAUUGUUCUUGGUCCACCACGAGAAAACUAUGAGAGAUUUCUUCCCCCAGAAUCAUUCAUCCAUGUAGAAGACUUUCCCAGUGCUAUGGAACUAGCAACCUAUCUGUUGGAACUAGAUAAAGAUAAUCAAAGAUACCAACAAUACUUUAGAUGGAGGUCAAAACUGCAGCCUGUAAGGUCUACAAGUGUUUUAAAAAGCUUCUGUAUGGCAUGUAAAGCAUUUAAAAAGGCUCCCCCUUAUAGAACAUUACCUAGCCUAAGCAGCUGGUUCCAAUGA